AUGGAACAAUGGAGACAUCCUCAGAUGCCACGUGUCACCAAGGGCCGUGGUGGCGGUCCAUUUGCUGACUCGGGCUGCCCAAUGAAAGCUACGUUCCUCACUCCUCGCAACGAUUUUAUUCUGAACCGACGAUACGACUGUCGUCUCCACGAAUCAUGGCCGUGGAUUGUGGAUGCGAGGGCCAGUCGCGGCCGUCGAAUUGUUCGAUGGUGGGGUAGGAUCGACUUUUUAAAAAGCAACGUGAAGGUCUUUGUUAUAAGCAGUUGGCAGAGGAGAGGGUGA